AGAUCAACCUCCUAUUACUAGUAGUCAGUUACUCGGUCAACAGUCACAGGCUUUUCCAAUAAUCAAGAAGGAACCUAUUCAGAGUUCUCCCGGACAACAGUCAAGCAAUCAGCAACCUGUUACUAAUAUGACGCAAACACAGGCUACACCUAAGUUACAGACGCCGGCAGUUUCAACUGUCGUAACACCAAAUACAAACUCUAUACCCCCGCAAGUUAUACAGAUUACACCGAAUGUACUUGCUCAAACACCACAACCUAUUAAAAUAACUAGUCAAUCUGCCCCAAACAAUGUGCAAAUGCAAUCACCCGCUCCUGCUGGAACAAUGUCUCGUCCCCCUCAGCGGCCCACAUUUACAUCGCAGCAACCAAUGCCUGGUUCUCAGAUGUUUGCUCGUCCUCAAAAUAUGCCUGGAGUUAAAUUUCCACAAUUACAUGCACAAUUACAUGCACAAUUAGCUUCAAUGACACCAGAAAAACGUGCUCAGUAUAUUGCUAAUUUGACAGCUCAACAACCUCUUCGAAACAAUCCUCAACUUAGAAACGCGUUGACUAUUAAUAAUGCACAAAUCAGCAAUCAAUUGCUUCGACAACAAAAUACUCUACUUCAGCAUGAGUUGGUCGCAAGUCAACAAAAUCUUGCGAAUGUUUUGGGUAGAAAUCCUCAAUUAAAUCUUGGGCUUCCUUUACAAAAUGGAAUAAAUAUUGGCCAACAACACUUUGUAACUUCGGCUGCUCCUAUAAGUGAAGCGGUAAGUACACAAGCUCUUAAUGGAUUUGUUUCGUCGGCCGCUUUAAAUGCAGCUACUGCUCAACAGCUUGGUGCAUUUAACGCGUCGACAACUCCUACGAGCAAUUCAGUUAGCGCUGUUGGUUAUACUACCGCAUCAACAUCUGUUGGCACAAUAAAUACACAAUUUGGAGGUAACACUACUGCUACGAAUAGUGCACAAUUGCCUGCAUCUACUAUGAAUUCUAUAUCCACUGCUGGUAUGACAGGACAAACUGCCAAUGUGACUACCGGAGUUAUAGGACAGAUGGCAAAUGGUGGAAUUCGUCCUAAUAUGCCUCAAAAAAAGAUUAAUGCAUUAUGGAGUGGUCAUAUCGCAUGGUCAGCCAACAAUAAUCAAGGACAAAAACGCGAGCUUACUUGUCAAGUAUCUGCUUUCCCAGUUCCUACCAAAAAGACUGCACCGCUUUCACAAAUUGAUUAUAUGAUUUCAUGCUGGCCAGAGAAAAUGGAAAUUUCUGGCAUUAAUCAUGCUAAGGAUGUUAUAAGUAAUGCUAGUGCAAAUCCAAAGAUUGUAUCAUUUUUGCCAAAUCCUACAAACCCCACGAUCCAGGAAAAUAAUAAUACUUUUGGAGUUUUGAUGCGAAUUUUGGAAGGGAGAAAGAUGGUAGGCUGCUUUUGUACGCUUUCCUAAUGCUCCAAAUCCGAAUGGGGGUAUAGUUCUUUUCACUAAUAAUGGGCCAGGCAAUGCAACAAAACUUGUUGGCUUGCUCUUUUUGGAUACACCGUUG